AUGACUAAAGCAAUAUUGGAUAACGUUGCCAUAUUUUGGGAUUAUGAAGAGAACUGCCCCGUCCCGUCCAAUACAUCUGGCUAUGCAGCGGUGGAUUGUCUUAGAAACUUAGCUGAGCCCUACGGAAGUGUUAGGUCACUGAAAGCUUACCUUGAAGUCACCGAGCAAACACCGUCGAAAACCUUGCUUAUGCGGUCUGAGCUCCAGUCGUCAGGGGUGUCAUUAGUCGAUUGCCCGCACAACGGUAGGAAAGAUGUCGCAGACAAGAUGAUUAUUGUCGAUAUGCUUGCGCAUGCCCUCGAUAACCCGGUUCCAUCCACUAUCAUCUUAAUAACAGGUGACCGCGAUUUUGCGUAUGCCAUGUCCAUUCUCAGACUUCGGCGCUACCGCUUGGUGCUCGUUACAUUACCCCAUGCACACCCAAGCCUCACAUCUCAAGCCUCUGUUUGCCUGAGGUGGACUGACAUAGUGAUGUCACUCUCGAAUGACGAUACGCCUGCUAAUGUCUUUGAGCCAGUCGCCUCAGUUGCACCUGCACCUGUACCUAUGCCCAAGCCCUCCUCAAUAGAGGUUCCUCCAAUCCAUAUGGUCACAAACUCUCCCAGAGACAUGUUCAACAAGCUCACGCCUGAAACGGUUGGCCCUUUGAAACAGUUCGAGUCUGAUUUACCAACAAUUCCUCGACCUCGUUGGGCAUACCCAUCAUAUCCCCUUGACUGUGCUCCGAGUCCAAGUAAAACGCCUUUGGCAACAGAACAACGGCUCGCAACUGCGCUCUCUUGGAGUGACUCUGUUUACCUGCCCAAGACAUCGCCGCCCCCAAGCCCGAAGGCGAACCCGAUAUCUUCAAAUGUAGUUCAAACCGAAGUGGGAAUUCCACACGGUGAUACUCCAUUUUUUAAGGGGUUAAAUAGGCCAUUUGUAGCGCCCACAGGAAUUGAUAUUUCCCAUUCGUCUCCCAGACCUUCCAACACCUCAAUGUGGUCUCAUAAAAAUGCCAAUGCCGCGUCGUCAUCUACAAAUGUCCCCAGAAAACCUUUUUGCAUAGAAGCAUCAUCAAUAUUGGGAAAUUCUUUUCCCAUCGACGCUCAAGCCCCUCUGUCCACUGUAGAGAUUAGUAGUGAACGAACAGUUCCAGACCCCGUCGUUCCUGACCACUUCAAGGUCCUAGUCCAGAUCCUGCAAAAAUGUCGCGCAGAGGGCAACAUUCGCCCAUUACGCUCUAUUAUUGGACUUGAAGUAGCAAAGGCCAACGUGUUCAAGAAAGUGGGUGUUGAGAGGUUCAAGCAAUAUGUCAUGAUUGCCGUGAAAUUGGGCAUAGUGGAAGUUGGUGGGAAAGAUGGCGGAGCAUGGAUAAACCUCAAACCAGAGUGGGCUAACGCCAAAUAG